CGAAUUUGUUCGGGGAUUGGGCUAACUACUGUGAACAGUUCCGAUACCACAUUCUGAUGGACACGUUGGAGAGGUGGGAGGAUUACCAGAUCGCGGCAGCUGUGUCACUGGCGAAAAGUUUCAGUUCUGGCCUCCUUUCCCCUGAUUCGCCGUCAUCGGCAGUCAGUCGACCAGCAUGGCAGAAGAAGCAGUAUAGAGCAGUCUCGCGGGCACGCGCGAUGAAGAUCAACGCAUUUCAAAAGGCGAAGAUAAAGCGACUCGUUUCGUGUGCCAGAGCGCGAAAACAAGGACGGAAACUAGAGGCGUCUAGUGGGAAGAGCGCAGAUAUUCAGGAACAAUUUUAUGUUUCCUCGUGUUUAUUUACCAAAGGGAAUUAUACCUAGUUUUCUGAGUUGUUUCCGCCCUGUUGAGAUUGACAAUAGAAUCAAAUACGCUCGUCCUGAAGCGAUCUUCUUCCUGCUACUAGAUUAUGAAACUCACCAUAGUAGAAUAAACCUCUUUCCAAAAGAACCUCAUUCAUAUCUGAGACAAGUAUCAGAUUAAGGAGCUGACGCGCAUGGGCGUGCAAGUCAGGGACCUCAGGGAAGUUGUCAAGUCUCUACGCCAGCACAGAUCCGACGUUCAGGAGCUAUGUCUACAGAUGCUACAGCUACCUUUCUUGGACACAACGGUGGCGGCAGCGGGGAGCAGUACUAUUCCCAUUGUUGUACUAAAGUACUUAAAACUAGGACGAGGUGCUCACUGUUACAGCAAGGAAGUACAGUGUACUGAUGCUUCACUCGAACCACAAGUGACCAAAAUGAUUCAUCUCCACUCCACCUAGCUAAAUACAGGUGUAAAUGGCCAGUCGGAAUCUUCCAGCAAGCCUAACAUGACCAAAGCCGAGGCAGCCCUGGAUAAGAAAACACAGCGUAAAAAGUAUUACACGAACGUUUUCGGACCACAGGAGGGAGGACUCAGCGAUAACAGUUCGUCCGAGGAUAUGGAAUUUGUGUCGAAUACGACUCACAAUAUUAAGGCUUCCUCUAGUCCAUCUCGUCUAUAGAGAUGACCCCUCAGGAAUCGUAUGCCGUAGUUUUAGCAGUUAGCAGGAUACUUUAGGAUACUUACCCUUUUCUCUUUUAUAAAUAUCUUCCUCUGGUCUGUCUUUUUUCUAGUUAGGUCGGCUCCACCACAAAUAUAAGGGAAAUAUUGGCGCAUACUCUUGUGAGGGAUGUGGAUGUUGGGGAUGAACUGGGGAUGAAUUGUCUAACAAUAUCCGAACGCGCGUACGAAAUAGUAUUCAGAAUGGACGCCUUGCAGAGGAACGGAAAGGAAAUUUAUGGUAUUGGCAGACGACUUUUGCUUCGAUAAUUUUUUAGGUUAAUAUCAAUCUUCUAUGAAAUAAAGGGAUCCCCAGCACAAUAUGCUUACCCGUACGUUUACAUACGUGACGAUACCCUAUCAAAUACUGAAUCAUCCUCCUACCUUGUUCCUUCUCUAACCACUGCUCAAAACAACAACCUGCUGCGCGCGGUCCAGAAACUCAAGGCUACGAAAGGGAUCGGCCGCGCAACGGCCCUACUGAAGCUGGCACACGAGGAGAUAGUCGCAGAGCAUAGUGGAAAAGAGUCGCAGUGAAGCAAGUAGUUGGAGCGGCAACCUUAGAAGAUUGCGAUUUAGUUUUAGAGACAAUUGACGAUCAAAAUGUAGAUUUGAAGGUUUUGAAUCCAAAUCAUGCUCCGGUACUGAACGGCCGAUCACUGUGAACCGUUUUGAGUUUGAUACUUCGAUAAGAUAAUGAUAAUGAUAACAUUGAACAAAAAGUCAUACUUAUAUGAAUCCGUUGCACCCUCAAUAUUGCUAUAUGAAUGAAUCCAGAUGUACAUCACGACGACAUGAUCAUAACCAUAGCAUAAUAUUCUCAUCCAGUACACUAGACUGACUGUAAUCAUUUUUCGUGCAUGAUCAAGAUCAAACAAGUUAUUGUUAGGUUUUAGUAGAGAUUAGUAAGUAACAAGUCUUUUUGGUGUUUUGUUGAUAAACUAGCAUAAAGCUGCGUGCAUGGGCAGAAUCAAUCAUGAAGAUAGAACAGUAUAUUAUAGUCAUUUUUCUGAAAGUAUGCGAUAGCUAUGCUGUACGAUAAUGAACACGAACUUGUCGUCCACAAAAGCAUGUACAAAAAGUAUGCACCUCUGUAGUUUCAAUGAAUUAUGGAAAUCUAGAUGUAGUAGUAUACUUCUAUACUACCAUCAACAAACAUGGGAAGUUCUCGCUAGAGUUUUACCAAAUCAGCUGAUAGGUGUCAUUUCUGUACAGUAAGUAUGCAUAGACCAUUCAAUUCGGAAACAUUGAUUUUGAUGUAUCUACCGCAACAAGUCAGCGGAGUCUUGCGCCUAAUCUAAUACCACGAGAUCUUGAACACCUCGUAUCGUUUUCGAUUUCUGUACUUGCAUGUGUAACAAAAUAU